UAACACAUACACCCUCCAUUCGAUCGGCAAAAUUUAUCUUUCGGCAACAUACUAAAAACUGUUGUAAAUUAUCGUAUCUGUAUCGUGUUCUUCUGUUGGAUUAUUGGUCCCAAGUGUGUAGACGACUGCCCGUUCUCCGGUUUUCCUCCAGACCGUAAUAAGAUAACCGCAGAAAAGUCCAACGAAGCAGCUCAACAAAAAUUCUAAAUAUAAUACCGAGAAUAAUCAUCAACCAUCAAAUACAUCAGUCCACUAGCCGAAUUAGCAAGCACUGUCCUGUAACCAGCAUACCACGCCUUUGGGAAUAUCUAUUGUGACAGAGGACGAGCAAUGGAGGAUUUGCAUUUAAAACUCGGCGAUCUGCCCCAGGAAGUAUUGGCUGCACGGCACAGCAUGAUUAUGGGCCAAAAGUUGGCUGGAUCACUUGGUGAGACACAGCAUCACCUUCAGCAUCAACAUCACCUGAAUCACCAACUGAACCAGCUCAAUCAGUUGAGCCACUUGAAUCAGUUCCAUCAGUUAAACCAAUUGAAUCAAUUGAGUCAGCUACACCAGCAUAUACAACAUAAGAUCUCUUCGGGGAUGAACCUAAAUUUGGAUCUGGACCAUAAGAUGGAGACGGAGAUGGAGUUGGGUCUGGGCCUUGAUGUGGAUGUGAAUCUGGGAGUUAAUCUGGACAUGAAUCCGGAGGGCAGUAUUACCAAUAGUACCAGCCGUACCAGCAGUGCUAGCAGGACCAGCAGCACCAACACGUGCAGCGAUCAGGGGCAAGGACAUGGAUCUGGGAUUGGACUUGGUGACCCAAAGCGGGACCAAAGCCAAGUCCACUACGCCCAUGACCCUGCCCAGGAUAAUGGCGAUUCACCGAAUGUCAAGAGUUGUACUGGAAUGUGCAGCCAUCAAACAGAGAGCAAUAUGAAUAAGGGGGAUUCCCUAACGCAUACCAAGUCUUCAUCGCCGAAGACGGACAAGGGGGAGAAGGAUAAGGAGGAGCUUAAAGCGAAGGAGGAGGAGGAGGAGGAGUUUAAAGAGGAUACGGAGGAUAAGAAGGAUAACGAGGACGUUUUCCAGAAACAGGAACCGUCUUCUUCCAUGUUGAUUAAGGCGGCCAACUCCAAGCUAAAUGUCAAUGCCACUGUUUACACGAUGCCAGCCAAAGUAGAACCCCUUCAUGACGGAUCAUUCGUGCCCCAACCGAGUUCCAGUGCCACCUCACAGGGCACUGGGGACUAUCGCCUCAAUGCCCAGGCUGCUGUAUUCAAGCCAUCUUUGAUGUGCAUUUGCUCGUUGGCUUCGCCGGUGGUUUUGCAACGACUACGUCCGAUUGUAGUACGGCCACCACUACCGGGGGUAUCGCAACACCUGAUGUCGGACAUUUCACAGCCUCUACUGCCGAACUCGCCACUGAUGAGCCACGAGUUCUUAGCCCAUGGUUUUCAUCCAAUGCAAAGGUCGGGCCAUAAACCAAGUGGCCGCUGGCGCAAACAACCGCUUCCGGACUUGUUCAGCGCCGUCAUGUCACUGGUGACGGAACUGAAGCGAUCGGUGAGCUAUCCGGAGAUCAUAAGCUGCCUAUCCAAGAGACUCCAUCGAGCGGAGGUGGAACUGAAGCGCCAUGUACCGCACACAUUGCACGCCGCCGUUAACAAUGGCUAUUUGAAGAAGGAGGGCAAUCGCUAUUCCCUGCUCCCCGAAGUGGAACAGGCUGAGAUCAUGCGACGCAACAUCGCGGAUGCUCUUCGGGCCAAGGAGCUGGAGAAGGAGCCGUUGUCCUGGCGCAGGCGUUAAUGUACGCAAAACCAAUCCUCAACUACGUUCACAACCUGGCAUCUACACGCAUCAUCCCGCAUCCCGCAAUCCACAUUCUGCAUCCUGCAUCUUUAUCAUCACAUUUCAUAUCCUUCUGCUUCAUACAUUUUAUAAUUAAGCUUGCACAGCACUCGAGGCUGUGAGCAUGUAGUCCUGUGCGUUGCACAACCCAGAGCCCCGAGUUCUGUGCCGCCGACGAGCCCCGCAAUUUGGUUUUACUGUACGUGACCUACGUCUGCGAAACAGCGGUCCGUGUGAUCCUCGAUGCGUGGCCUGUGCUUAAAGGCACGCAAUCUUCGAUCCGCGAUCGACGAGCAGAAGAAGAAUUCACGAUGACAAAAGUAUACAUUGUAUACAAGUCCAAUGGGGACGGUUUAGUCGAUAUGCUGCCUCCAGAGGAUAUUUCGUUGCCUGAUGUUCCCUUCAGCGUUAAAACAAUCACGUUUUUCUGGUUAAGCGCUUUAUUAUUGCAAGCUAUUCGGGUAAAUUCAUCAAACUUAUUAAUGGAUGGAGAUGUGGGGUUAAUAAAUGGCUUCCGCUAAUUGGUAUGAUUACGUAAGACCUACGCAGUUAU